AUGGGACCAUUCCUCAGCGCCAAGAAGUUAAAGUUGGCUGUAGUUCAAGCAAAGUUCCUUGUCGAGGUAUCGGUUCCAGCUAUGCCAAUAACGGGCAACAGCGUUAAAGGUGCGAGGAGUCUGAAGGAACUGCGGAUGCCAGCCCGCUUUCCAGGCGUGGCAACUAUGGCCAAACCCCCCCCCCCCCUUCUGUGGGGGAGGCCUAUGUUCAGCAGUGGACUCAAACAAGCUGAAAUGAUGAUGAUGAUGAAAGUAGUGGUUUGUGGGUUUGAUUGCCACAGUGCUCGUUCUUCUCAAACCGUGCCU